UUCCAUUUUAGGCUACUAAUACACCAAAGAUUAAAUCCAAAUCAAAAAGGCUCUAUGUAGCUGCCAUUGAUUUUGGAACAACUUACUCUGGAUAUGCAUUUUCCCCAAAAGCUACAUGGCAAACUGUUAUUGUUAACAAUUGGAAUUGUGGUAAAUUUGUGUCACAUAAAGCCCCAACUGCUCUUUUACUGAAUCCUGAUAAGUCUUUCCAUUCAUUUGGGUAUGAGGCAGAAUCAAAUUAUGCCACAUUAGCCGAGGUGGAUUCUGAUGACGAGGAAGAAGGCACAACCAAGACUGACUGUAGUGAAUAUUAUUUCUUUCACCGUUUUAAAAUGAUUCUUCAUGAAAAUCAUAGAUUAAGCAGAAAUAGUACAAUUAAAGAUGAAACAGGGAAGUCUUUAGAAGCUAUGACAGUAUUUCAAAUGUCCAUUAAGCAUUUACUGGAUCAACUAAUGGAAACCCUUAAUACUCAAAUGGUAGAUCCAAUGUUUAUUAAGGAUGUAGAUUUUGUACUUACUGUACCAGCAAUCUGGGGAGAUGCAUCCAAAAUGUUUAUGAGAGAGGCAGCAAUAAGUGCUGGAAUACCAACAGAUCAAUUAACGAUUGCUUUGGAGCCUGAAGCUGCAUCGAUAUAUUGUCAAUACCUUCAUUUUGAGAAAGAAGAUACAGAUCGCACUGACGAAUUUUUAAAAGAAGUUUCAACAAAAAUGAAAUAUAUGGUUGUGGAUUUAGGAGGAGGUACUGUUGAUAUAACGGUCCACCAGAAAUCCUCUGAUGGCACUCUCCAGGAAAUACUUCCAGCUACGGGAGGACCCUUAGGAGGGACAACUAUAGACAAAGAGUUUACUUCACUUAUAGAGGAAAUUGCUGGCAAAGGCAUUUUUGAAGAACUGAAAAAAGAAAGCAUGGAGGACUACCUAGAUAUUUUUAGACAGUUUGAAACUAAAAAACGAAAUGAAGCCACAUCAAAAGUUCGAGUGACUAUACCGGUAACUCUAGACAAACUUGUAAAGAAAAAGACAAAAGGUGGUAUAUCUAAGCUUCUUGAGAACAUGGCAAUUAAAAGUAAUGUUUCGUAUGAGUCAAGCAGUAAAAAACUUGUUAUGUCACCAGAUUUUUUUAAUGAUUUGUUUAAGAAAACAACAGAAGGUAUUAUGCAACACAUUGAUAAAAUUUUUAAAACUGAUAAACUAGACGAUGUAAACACAAUUAUCAUGGUCGGUGGAUUUUCCGAGUGCAAAAUUAUUCAAAAAGCUCUUCAAUCUAAGUACAAAGGAUCAAAAAGACUUAUUAUCCCAGAUGAAGCCGGUCUUGCUGUUGUAAAAGGUGCAGUAUAUUUUGGACAUUUACCAGAUGUCAUUUCAAGAAGAGUUUCACGCUACACUUACGGCAUUCAAAGUUGGCCAGAAUUCUGUCCGGGAAAAGAUCCAGAAGAAAAGAAAAUAAAGGUGAAUAAUUCUUUCCGAUGCAAAGACGUCAUGUUCCCUGUUAUAAAACGCGGGGAACAAAUCAAAGUAGGUCAUAGAAAAUCCCAAGUGUUCCAGGCCCUGAAACCAAACCAAACUGAACUUGAAUGUGCGAUAUUUGUGUCAGACAAAGAAGAUCCAAGAUUUGUGGAUGAGGAAGGCUGCCGACAGCUAGGUAUUUUGAAAGUCCCUAUCCCUGCAGGAACAAGCUGUGCCGAAAUAGAGGAAACAAUCAUUUUUGGUGAAACUGAAAUACAGUUCACGGCAAAUCAGCUUGGUUCAGGAAGAAUUAUGUCAACUUCGUUUGAUAUGUUAGAUCCUAAAAAUUUACCAGAUCCGUGAAAUCCAUAUACAUAUAUUUGCCUGGGGAAGUGUGAAAUUAAACGAAACAUU